AUGGCGGAUCAGAUGGCUAAUGACGACAGUGGUAAAGUAAAGCACAUUGUGGCGGAUUCGGCCGCUUUUUUGAAAAAUGCACCGCUUCAUGAAAUGUGUGAAAAUGUGCAUACAGUUGAGGAUGUUGUUAAUGAGAUCAGAGACGCAGCAACUAGACAGCGUUUGGCUGUGUUGCCAUACAAAAUCAACUUCAGAGAGCCGUCAACAGAAGCACUACAUGCGGGUGAGUUAGGAGCGAUGAAAUCUAUAUUAUGCGGAUCCCAUAUCAAAUGGACCCCUUGCUUUUUGGACAUCGAACAAAUUCCUUACUUCUUUCUCAUAUUUACUCUAAAACAAACGUGUUUUUGACGGACUUCUCUAUAAGGAAGACCAUAACGCUAGAAUCAAGCCCCGUUUAUGAAAACCCAAAUUGAAGAUGUAUUAGAAUAGAUUUGUUACAUUUAAGUAGUCUAUAAAGUUCUAAUAUCGUGUCCAGAAGACGCACAGAAAGAAAGAGGCACAGAACAAUUGAAAUAGUGUGCAGUGAGAUAAAAUUAUAAUAAGACUGUAUCAGACCAAAGGUUAAGGACUAUUGAGUUGACUUAACAUCAGUGAUGGUACAUGUACACAAAAUAUUUAAGUUUUCCCGGAGGUAUUAUCAGCAGGCCAUACUGAUCUUAUUGAAGAUAUCGGAAAAUGUCUAACAUGGUAGGUGCAUUGUGGGGUUAAGGGUGCAUGGGUUUUAGAAAUGAGAGGAGAUAGCAACUCAGUGGCAAAAACUUCAGAAUUCUGCUCAUACAUGGGGAUCAAUUCACAGUUGUUGUCAUUUAUUUUGUAAACUUUUCUUCCUUCUUGCUGUCAUUGAAACUGUGUUAAUUUUCUUAGUGACUGAAUUUGCAAAGCAGACAGGAGAUUUUCGAAGUCUUUCUGUCAUUGACCUAAAGGUCCUGGCUCUCACAUAUCAACUAGAAAAGGAACAUUGUGGCAUUGAUCACAUUAAGACCAAACCCACCAAACAGGUUAGAACUUAUAAGAUUCAAUGUACUAAAGUCCUACUUAGAUAUAGUCAGUCCAUUUGGUAAUCAAAGGCAGAAUACUUAGAAUGAGUGCUUUUGUACAGUUUCUCUGAUUUGCAUGAUCAUGUUGACUGUGUGUGAGGUGGAUUACCAAAGGAGUAGUUCCCCACCCCUCCACCCUCUUCUAUUACCUCCCUUAUGGAAUCUAAUUAAGUAAAACCCAUUCAUCUACAUUUCCUUAGGAAAAGUAUCUGUUGUACUCUGUAUGAUGCAGUCUUCACCCAAGUUACCAACCAAGAUAACCACACUGCAAAUCUUCAAACUACCACUUGCCCUUCAAGAAAGGGUCUCUUUGAAAUCAGAAAUACUUUAAAAUGUGUCUCAUUUCCUUAGAGAAGUGCCCCUUUCUCCUCCCCUGACCAUUAUGGAUGAGUGGUCAUGAUCACUAAACCAAAGAUGCACAUAUUUGAUCUGGAAAAAUUGCUUAGAGACCAAACUGCAUCACUUUUAUGUACUGUAGCACUGAUGUUAGAAAAAUUAACCAAAUGCCCCCCUCCCCUCCCUCUAAUAAGUGUCUCUGACAACUCACCUUGUACAGUGUGCCAUAAAAUGUUUUUUGAAAAUGUUAUUGAUAUCAACACAUUACCAAAUCCAGGUAGAAAUAACUCAAGGAUUUGCAGGAAAGACAGUCCCCGGCUUCUUUGUGGAAAAAGUGAGUGUACCAUCAUAUAUUAAACUAUUGUAUAUUUUCAUUUCUAACACUAAGGCUUCAUUCUCUUUUCCUGAUAUGUUGCUGUGAUCUUUUAAUCACUAUUAGAACUUUCUAUCACCCAAGAUUUUCAAAUAUUAUGUGAUGCAAUUCCUUUAUGAUCACCUGGCUCAGAAUGAUUAUUCCACUGUUACACCAUUUUAUCAUAUCAGGGCAGUGGAACACACAAAAUGUGCCAUUACACUGAAGUAUGAUGCAUUGCUAUAGAAUGGAAAAAAAUAUGGUUGGAAAGUGUAGCAAGAAAAUAGCUGCACUAAAUGACCCAACUUUUAAGUGCAUCAAAUUUUUUUUUGGUCUCACACUAUGUUAAAAGCAUUUUAAUGAUUUCACUUGGGUUCUUUUUAAUUUUUACACAGGCCACAAUGGAUCAAUACUGUGGUCAGAUAGACUGUACUUUGAAAACUAGAUGUCUAAAUACUCAAAAAUGAAAUCAGAAUGGAAUUAUAAAUACCUUAUUCAAUGGUUCACACACUAUAUGAACAGCCAUUUUACCCAUUGCUUGUAUUUUUCCUGGCCCAUACAGGGCUUGGAAAAGUACUACAUGACUUGCAAAACAUCAGUGCAUAUUAUAUUGUAUGAAACCAUUGAAGAAGGUGUAUGUAUUGUCUCUCUCUCCUCUUAGAAGCCAAAAGAGGAAAGUGAAGAAACUGAGCUAAGAGAUGAAAGAACAGUGUGCCGUACAGUUGACAGUGAUAAAACUACAGGAACAGAUGGACAACAGAACAAUACACCAAAUACAAGUGAUGAAUGUGAGACAAAUGCAAUUGAUACAUCAAGAACUGAAAUAAGCACAGCUGCUGAAAUUGAUAAAAACAAUGACUCUACUGCUCAGGAAAUUACAACUGGUUUGGAGGCACUGACAGCAAAUGAUCCAACAUUAAAUGAUUCUAAAGAUGAUGAUGAGGGAUUUGAGGAAAAUGAUAACAAUGUUGAUGGUGAGGAUGAUUUAGACAGUGAUAUUGAGGAGGAUUGUGAGCUUGAAAAUGGUGAUGAUGAUGAUGAUGAUGAUGAUGAUGGUUGGAUUACACCUGAUAACAUAAAGCAAAUUAAGAAUCAGAUGGGAAAAGGAAGCCAGGAUGCUUUGCCAGCUAAUGUGACUGUAGGCUGCCUUACAACUGAUUUUGCAAUGCAGGUAAUAGAGAUUGUCCGUAAUUCUGUUGUGACUGAGGAAUUCUUACAGUUAAGCAUUUCCACAAUUGCCACCUCAAGCCUAAUCACAUGUUAUUUAACCAUAUCAUACCAUAUCUCUCUGUAUUUUACAUUGAUUUGUUGUUGUAGGUUAUGGCAGAUAACUUUUUGAUAGCUAGACAUUUUAAAUGAAUUUGGAAGUGAUCUUCAGAGUAAUAAACACUACUUAAGCAAUAGAGAAACUAAGGUCUGAAAAAAAAGAUUUAGACCUGUAUGGGAUUUGAACCCAUGACCUCAGGGAUAGUGGUGCAGCGCUCUAUCAAAUGAGCUAACAAGCCAACUGGGAGCUGGUCAUGAUGUUGGUUUGUAGUAAAUCAGUGAAGUGAUGAGUAAAUGGCUGUAAAUAUAUGAAAAUCAUAUAAUUAUGUGAACUGCAGUUCACAAAUAUGAUUUUCCUGUAUUUCCUGUAUUUACAGUCAUUUAGACAUUUUUAAGUUAAAAGAAACGGGUAUUAAAAUUUUUAAAUGCAAAACGUACAUAACAAAAUCAACUUACUUCAUCACCUUUUUUUGUCAAUACCUUAGUGACAGAGAAAUUAUGAAAUGAUGUUCAGAAAAAAAUGUUGGCAAAGCUAAACAGAGAGACAAAAAAAUUGUGUUAGCCCUUUAACUCCCAAGAUCUGAUUGUUAAUUCUCCCCUCUAGCUGCUACACAUUUCCUUGUAAAUUAGUUUCAAGAGUUUGGUGUUAGAUCAAGAUAACAAAUUCUAACCGGUUCUCAUCACCUGGUGGCCGGAUAAUGUAUGGAUAUUAUAGGGAGAAAUGAAGUGUUCAUCACUAAGAGUUACAAGCACAGUUUUAAAAGGAGUUUGGCUGCAACUUUUGUCAUUCUCUUUCAGAAUGUAUUGAUUCAAAUGGGUCUUCAUGUGAUAUCGCUUGAUGGUAUGCUAAUCAGGGAAGCGCGCAGUUAUGUGUUGAAAUGCUAUGCUUGUUUCAGGUGAGUUCAUUUUUAACUGCGGAUUAGUUGAAAACUUGAAGAUUUUACUAAUUAAGUGUUAUGAAUUUGUGCUACUGGAGAAAUGCAGAAAAAAGGAAGAAACAAGUUGAUUAAAAUGAAACACAAAUUGGAAACGUAUGAACUCCAUAACCCCCUUGCAGUUAUUUACAGAUGAGGAAAGAAGACAAAAAUUAAUUAUCAGCUGGAGGGGGUUAUCUUGAUUAAACAUCAAAUUCUCUCAACUGAUCUACAAGGAAUUGUGUUGAAGGUAGAGGGGAGACUUCUUUUAGGGAGACACAUGGAGUUAUAAGUUUUGGUGUUGAAUUUUUUACAAAUCCAGCUGCAGAGAUCUUUGUAUACAGUUUUAAAGACAGUGAUAACAGAUUGCUUUAUUUUCUGGCAUCACUGAAUUGUUUGAUUAUCAGAUGUUUGAAAUCCAAUAAAAACUAAAUUUACAUUCCAAAGUAGAUAUUGUCUCACUGCAGCUCCUGGUGUGCACUCUGUACAUCCUCUACAUUGGAAGGUGGGAUCAGGAUUUGUAACAGCAUAUUUGUCAAUGUCCAGAGGCACUUACAAAUGUGGGAUUUGCUUGUUGUUGUGUUAAUUUAGAGUGACAUGUCAGCUGGAGAAAAAGUUCUGCCCAUCAUGUGGUAAUAGGACUUUGGUGAAGGUGUCUGUUAGUGUUGAUGAGGAUGGUAUAACCCAUUACCAUCUGCCUAACAGAAAGAAACCGUUUAACAUCAGAGGAAAAAAGGUAGUUUCUGAUAAGCAUAACUUUUAACUGUCACAAACUUUGUCAAGUAUGUAGGUGGCUUAUAAUAUUUGUUGUAGGCUUCUAUGAUAUUCUCAUUUCAUAAUGUUGUAUACAUCAGUUAAACUACAUUUGCUUAUAUUUUCGUGAAGAUCAUUUUGCACACAUCAACAUCCCGGCUUAAAGCUCCAUCGUAUGUAAGUUUUUUUGUCCCAGUCCCCCCUCAUUAAUCUCCCCCUCCCCGAGCAGGCGAGCUCCCCUCUAAUGUUAGUAUAAUUUAGGUAAGAAUCAAAUCAUGUACAUGUAUCGGUGAACAAGCUGUUCCAUGUUUUCAUUUGCAUUUCACUCGCCGUAUACUGUAGCAUUAACACUCAACGGGUUUUGAUAUUACUGUCUUGACACACUUGAAUGUCCAUCUGUGCAUCAGUUACCCUGUAACUGUCUUCUGUCUACCACAAGUUAGAGAAGUGAUGGUGUUUCGUAAAGGAUAUAACAUUUUGAAAUUCUUCUUCGGGUCUUGAAGAUAAAUUUUGCUUGUUCAAGCGGCCAUGCAUCAUUCUGUUUAUUUUAUAAACACCAAUGAAAAACAUAAUCAUUUUACUAUUUCAGCGAAAGGCGCGAUUUAUUAUGCAACCAACGGUGUUAUUUUCACUUGUGAAGAUAAGAUGUUAUUUUCGGUAUCCGCGGGUUUCGCCCAUAACGAGUUUCGCCCAAGAAGCGUUUCGCCCAUAACGAGAAUGGUUUCGCCCAGGCAUAAAUUCGAUUUAAGUUAAAGCUUUCGUACCGCACGCUUCGUCGGAGUAGUAAAGCUAUUCCACGCGCGCGCACUCAUGAACUUGACUAGUUUCUAUCUUUUCCAAUUAUAUGUUGCCGUUACCUAUGUCAGAAAUACAAUCUUUAACUCUCGAUUCCUUUGUUUUAGUAUUCACGAAACCGUAUUCACAUGUAUUCAUAAGCUGGCGUGCGGAACUUAUCUUCCGUGUACAAAAGAUUUGCAACGAUGAUAUGUUCCACGCGCAAGUGUUUUCAAAAGCGUUUAAUUUAAUUCUCGAGAAGAAAAGUGAUGCAAAAAAAUCAUAGCAAUGCUUUUACGACAAACGGACGUCUCUGCAGUAUUUCGUGCGCGAAUUACCUUAACAAUCCCCGCUCCACAGUGAAAGCUAUAAUUGCCUUGUUCGUUUCAACAGUAACUUGUUCGUUUCAAAAUUUCAUGAUCUCAGGUCAAGUCACUUUUCUUCAUUCUGUGCAUACAAACGUUUAUAAGGUUGACGUUUUCCGAGUGAGAGUGUAGAAGUUUUACUCAUGGGCGAAACCUUUAUUGUUCUGGGCGAAACCAUUCUCGUUCUGGGCGAAACGAUAUGUGCGAAACUCGUUAUGGGCGAAACCCGCUAUAACCUUAUUUUCACGUAUGAACAUAUCACGUGUUCGGGCGAAAGUUCACCUGGUAUUUCACUGGUGUUUAUGUGAUUAAUAUCUUUCUUGCUAUUGUUUUGCUGCAUGUACAUGACAUGGCAUUCAUCAGCUUCCUGCCCAAACUCGAACGGUGGAUCUUUGUUCCUGUGAAACAUAAAAACUCUCGCAAAACGUCAUCUUUUAUGCAACUAAAGAGAUUGAUUUCUGUGUUUCUAAAAUUUACUUGACUUGUUCCCUUUUUCUCUUAAUUUUUUUCAGUUCCCCCUCCCUCGGCCCCAAGGCGGUCGCCACAGUAACAACCCAGUCCUCACUGAGGACCAACCCCGUGGUCAGCAUCGUCUCCCGCGGAAGAAAGAUAACAUGAAUGUGUUUGAUCCUAAUUACAUCGCGCGCAGCUCACCAUUCGCCGCGAAAGAUGUAACAAGCCGCGCCUCGCAACUCGGUUAUCACUUGAAAGGUGCUCAAGAUUAUCAGAAUAGACGGAAUCCAAACGAGGUCAGGAAAAAAUCUGGACGGAGAAAGAAGUAGAGUGCUUGUGAUCUAUUUUCUCUCCUUCAUGUUUAAAAUUCGAGCAUGUGUUCCGUUGUGCGUCUCUAACCGCAUAUCAUGUACCCAAAGGAACCCUCCCAAGUUGCACUCACACAUACAACA